AUGGCAGAUUCGAAGGUCCUAUCUGCCCAGCAGAUCUCAGAGCAUAAAACGUCCGAGGACUGUUGGGUGGUAGUGAACAACCAAGUAUGGGAUGUGACCGACUUUUUGGAGGAACACCCUGGCGGAUCAAAUAUUAUCUUGAAAUACGCAGGCAGUGAUGCGACGAAAGCCUACUCAGAAGUUCACGCCCCAAGCGUGAUGAAGAACAACCUCGACGCAGAGAAGUUGAAAGGCGUUCUGGAUGAAUCUACAAUAGACGCCGAAUGGGCCAAGCCGCCAGAGCAGAAUCCCAAAGUGGUACUCGAGAACGAGAAGGCCCCCUUGCACACUCUGAUCAAUUCGCAUGACUUCGAAGUCGUGGCGUCUAAGACUGCCACCAACAAAACCUGGGCAUUCUACUCUAGUGCAGCUACCGAUCUACUCACGCGCGAUGCGAAUAAAUCCUGCUUCGACCGGAUAUGGUUCCGGCCGCGUGUACUGAGAAACGUCCGAUCCGUCGAUACACGAACGAACAUGCUCGGUGGAAGUUAUAGUCUUCCGCUGUUCGUCAGCCCGGCAGCGAUGGCGAAACUCAUCCACCCGGACGGAGAGUGCGCCAUCGCCAAAGCUUGUGCGAGCAAGGGAAUAAUGCAAGGUGAGCUGCGCACCGCAGCACCCUCGGCGGAUUUCUUCUUCCAAUUAUAUGUCAACAGAGACCGGGCCAAGUCGGCCGCAUUACUGCGCCAAUGUUCCGCCAACCCGAAUAUCAAGGCGAUCUUCGUGACCGUGGACGCUGCAUCGCCCGGUAAGCGCGAGGCGGAUGAGCGCGUCAAGGCCGACGAGAGUCUGUCUGUGCCGAUGGCGCCGUCGAAAGCUCAGAAUGACAAGAAGGGUGGCGGGCUGGGCCGCGUCAUGGCGGGAUUCAUUGACCCCGGGCUGACCUGGGAGGAUUUGAAAUGGGUGAAACAGCACACGCACAAGCCGGUGUGUUUGAAAGGUGUGAUGUCCGCGGACGAUGCCUUGCUCGCCCUGAAGGCGGGCAUCGAUGGGAUCAUGCUCAGUAAUCACGGCGGUCGUAAUUUGGAUACCAGUCCCCCGUCCAUCAUCACCCUGCUUGAGAUCCACCGCCGGUGUCCCGAGGUCUUCGAGCAUAUGGAGGUCUAUGUCGAUAGUGGGAUUCGGCGCGGCACUGAUAUGCUGAAGGCUGUUUGCCUUGGGGCGACUGCUGUUGGCAUGGGCCGGAGUAUGCUUUUUGCUACCAAUUAUGGCCAAGAGGGCGUCGAGCAUCUGAUUGAUAGUAAGCCGAUUGGUGGAUCCGUUUUGACUUGUGCUAACGCGAUUGCAGUCAUGCAAGAUGAGCUGGAGACUUCCAUGCGCAAUGUUGGCAUCACAUCCCUGGCGGAGGCGUCGCCCGACCUCGUGCACACCGGGGAUGUUGACCACCUGGUUCCCGCAUCCCGCUCCCAUCCAUACGCUCGGGCCAUAGCCAAAGGACGGGCGGACUCCAAGCUCUAA